AACUACUUGCAGAGUCUCAGCAAUGAAGGCCAACACCUCUCCUCACAUACAGGGGAGAAACAAAUGCGGCUUAGCCUGGCUGAUCUUCCUUAUGAAAUGAACUCCAGUUUUGAGAAGGAUAUGGAAAUGGUCCCGCAUCAUCCUCUUGACCCCACUUACGGGAACGCUUUAGCUUUUGUUGGAGGUCCCAUGCGUUUACCUCCCACAAACUGCAUCUCAGAGAUCACCCCAGUUAUUAGUUCAGUUUACACCACAACUCCAGCCUAUGUCAGGGAGGCCAGAGAUGCCUGGAAAUCGAGAAGCAGCAGAAGGCCAUGAAGACAUGCCAGAUGGAACAUCAAGUCAUUACAGAGGAAGGACUGAGCAAGGAGCUUCUCCUACCAAUGGAUGCCAGGACUCUGCAACAGACACAGAAAGCAACCAUGAGGAGAGGGGCUCUCAGGCCACCAGUAGCAGGCAAAGUCCUGCCUAUGCCAAAGAGGACCAGAAACUCCCUGAAUCAGGAGUGGUGAUCAAUCCAUCACGCCCUGGACCUGGCACAGCCAAAGAAACCCUAAGAGUACUGGGAGUGGAUGGCGAGCCUGUUAAGGUAUUCAAGUGUGAACACUGUCGGGUGCUCUUCCUAGAUCAUGUCAUGUUCACUAUACACAUGGGUUGUCAUGGCUUCAGAGACCCUUUUGAGUGCAAUAUUUGUGGUUAUCACAGCCAGGACCGGUAUGAGUUCUCAUCCCACAUUGUGAGAGGGGAACAUAAAGUUUAA